UGUGUUUGCGGCGGUUUGACGGUGUCUGAAGGUUUCAACAGACUUUAUAAAUAUCAGCAGUUUAUAAUAACAGUUGCUCAAUAUAUAUCCGGCUAUAAAGUCUGUAACACUAUAACCUGAAUACUGAGCUAGCUUCAUCUGAAGUCUACACAUGGAGAGCUGCAAUCUACUUUAAGGAAUUUCUCACUGUGGCAGCGAUGCAGAGACAAUUGACAACAGAACUGCAUGUAGAGGCCAAGAGACGCUGUUGUUAUAGCGAGGAGAGAGUACGCUGGAUCCUCCCUAGGAUUGCUCUUCUGAGAGGCUGCAGUUUAUUACAAAUGGGAAAGCUUUCAUUGCAGAUUGCCCCAGCGCUGCUCCGAGCCUUUCAGCAGGUUCCUCCGGCCCAGUCUUCCACUACUGCAUCAUCAUCAUCAUCAUGAUGUCUAAAACCGCUGUGAGUUUCAGCAGCAAGAUUUGCUGUUUGAGUUGUCACGACAACCUGCGCGCCUGGCUCAUGGCUGCCCUCCAAGCGCGGACAAAGCUGUCGUCGAAUGAACCAGGCGUGUGUCCACUGGACCUGAGGGGUGCCGCCACCGCUAACAAAACACACAAAGACCCUCGCCACUGGCACCGGCCCUCACCCCGUCUACCCGCUAUCCUGCCCCUCCCACACACCGCUGCCUGCUGUUUUGUGCCUGCUCCAAGAAGAGGAAGUUCCUCUCAUCUCCUUUUCAAGGUCUGCGUUCCCUGCCAGAGAGAGAACGGGGCCUACAGCAUCAUUUCCUUUCGGGCUGGUGACGUCUGUGGAAAAACAGAACAACAGGAGAAGAGAAGGCGUUGCUCGACGGCAGCCGACGCUGUGUCAAACCCCGGAGAGAGACGGCGAGUAUCCCCGAUGUCACGUCACAAGGCUGAAUGCACAGGAGGGAUUAAACUACGAAGACUUGCCCCACUACGGGAUGGAUGGAGUGGGCAUCCCGACCACCAUGUACGGAGACCCGCACGGAGCCCGGUCCAUGCAGGCGGUGCACCUCAACCACGGGCCCCAGCUGCACUCCCACCAGUAUCCGCACACCGCCCACACCAACACCAUGCCUCCCAGUAUGGGCUCCUCUGUUAACGACGCUCUCAAGAGAGAUAAAGACGCUAUAUACGGGCACCCCCUGUUCCCCUUGCUUGCACUGAUUUUUGAGAAAUGUGAAUUAGCGACUUGCACCCCCAGAGAGCCCGGGGUGGCUGGAGGAGACGUCUGUUCAUCGGAAUCCUUCAAUGAAGACAUAGCAGUGUUUGCAAAACAGAUUCGGGCAGAAAAACCUUUAUUUUCAUCGAAUCCAGAAUUGGAUAAUCUGAUGAUUCAAGCCAUUCAAGUUUUACGAUUUCAUCUUCUGGAGCUGGAGAAGGUGCACGAGCUGUGUGAUAAUUUCUGUCACCGGUACAUCAGCUGCUUGAAAGGCAAGAUGCCCAUCGACUUGGUCAUAGACGACAGAGAGGGAGGCUCCAAAUCAGACAGCGAGGAAAUCACAAGAUCAUCGGUGGCCCUUGAUCAGACGUCCUGGAACAGAGAUCAUGAUGACACGGCAUCCACACGCUCCGGAGGAACGCCGGGACCGUCCAGCGGCGGACACACAUCACACAGCGGCGACAACAGCAGCGAACAGGGUGACGGCCUGGACAACAGCGUGGCUUCACCGAGCACGGGGGAUGACGAUGACCCGGAUAAAGAGAAGAAACGCAACAAGAAGAGAGGGAUCUUCCCUAAGGUGGCCACCAACAUUAUGAGAGCAUGGCUCUUUCAGCACCUAACACAUCCCUACCCGUCAGAAGAACAGAAGAAACAGCUGGCGCAAGACACAGGCCUCACCAUCCUACAAGUGAACAACUGGUUCAUUAACGCCAGGAGGAGAAUAGUCCAGCCCAUGAUUGACCAGUCAAACCGUGCAGUAAGUCAAGGAGCUCCCUACAAUCCAGAUGGCCAGCCGAUGGGGGGCUUCGUCAUGGACGGCCAGCAGCACAUGGGAAUCAGACCACCUGAACGGCAGGGCAAACCAGGGGAUCACCUGUCUCACAGAGGCGUACGGAGCACGGGGACGGGACUCCUCGACAUCAUGACGACGACAACUACCAACAGCAACCCCUCUGUCCACAUCCAAGACCCAACAACAUUUUUAUUCGGCUGAUAUGUGCAACACGGAGAACUUCCACCGACUGCUUACGAUCCUUGUCUAUGUAUCCAGUGACGGUGACGCACAGAUUAUCAAACUAUGUCCGACCCAGAUGACCCCCCUCCCCUGUCCCGACAGACCCUGUCCUCUUCUCUGGUGGGCACUAGACUUCGCCCCCUUGCCACUGCCCACUAGGUCCACAUGGAUUCCUCCAUUACAAGUGAUUGUGAUUGCGAUUGCGAGCGUAGAUGACACACGAGAGAGACACACUGUGUCCUUUCGCCUGUACCUCCGGCGAAUGCAGCACCUGGUGAUAUAUUCUAGACUCUUUGGCAAACAAAAGAGACUUCCUGAGAAGAGCACUCCACUCUUUGGGACGAUGGAAUUGGACCAAGGAGAAGCCAAUGUCUGUAUCUGACAGGACACUAACAAAGCAGAAGAGGUGCCCUUUAAAAAAUAUAGUGGAUUGAAACAUGGAAGGAGGGAAAGCAAGAGAAAAGAAAUUAAAAGUAUAACUAUAUCAACCCCUAGUUUGGGAAGUGAGUGGAGAAAGAAAAUAUACUGUAUACUGUUGUAAAAUUACGCUGGACUCUCACAAGAACUGGGAAUUUAAGUAUUGUAAAUGCUAUUGUAUUGUUCUGCAUAUUAUGUUGUUUCUAAUAGAUUUUUUAAAAAAAGGAUGUGAACUUUUUUCUCUUUUUUUUCCUGAUUUCUUUCCACACUAUGUGUGUGCCGUCUCCAUCAAAUUUGACCUCCUGCCCCCUCCCUCCAUUGAAUCACAAUGCAUUUUUAAAAGAAGAAAAAAAAAGUGAAUAAACGGACAAUUCGAUCAGUUUGUUAUUUCUCGCAGGCUUUUAUUUGGAUGGUAAGAGAGUGAUUCCGAUUUUUUUUUUUACAUACAGUACACACAGCCCAUCCACAUACAUGCAGGGUGCAACUAACUUGUAUUGCUGUUGCUGUGUCUACACCCUGUAACUCCAAUUUUGGUGAUUUUUCUUUUUUACAUUUUCAUAUCAGUUGAUUGUUCCUCUACUGGCGGAAAGUUUUUACUGGUAUAGAAAACUCUCUGACCAUUCGGGGUCACGAAACUCUCCCAUAACUCAUUGGAUUAACUCCAAACACAAGGACUUCAAGCUAAACAGUUUCUGAGAAGCUAACAUUUUGGGAUGUACAAGGUUUUUUUUAAUCCAAUUGCCAUUGUCCAAUUUAUCGUUUUAUCCAUUUUAUGCUCUGUUCACACGAGGACGGACGCAUUAUCUUGGUGUCAACAUGACUUAACAUCAUGACAGGCUGACAAACAUGAUGCAGAGCUUCAGCUAAUGCUCACAAACAAGCUAAAAAAAGUCACUGCGGAUGGGAAACUACAAGUGUGUGUCCCGCAAACAUGUUGUUUCCUGUUUUUCUCCAUGUGUGUCUGUGAUUGAGGGCCUCUGAGCGUCUAUUCCAGUGUCCUAUUGAUGUGUUUUAUGUCACAAGGCCGUGCACUCGCAUGGCCGAUGGAUUCUCCUCCCCUCAGUGUUUGAUGCGGCCUGAUAGCAGGGAGAGGCAGAGGCUAUGGGAAAACACCAUUUAUACCACAGUCCAUUCAUUUUGAUUUAACCAGAUGAUGUAAUGCUGAUCAACAGACAGGAGAGAAUGUAAAAGUCACUGUGUGUGUGUGUGUGUGCGUGUGUGUGUGUGUGUGUGUGCGUGGCAGUAUGCAUGUGAAGGGGGAACAUGUGUGCGUGUGUGUGUGUGCAUAGUGUGGGUUAUCAAUGCAUCCAUUAUCCAUUGCUUCAAACAUGUAUUACGCACAUCUUUAAGAUUCCUUUGAAGACAAGUCAUGUUUCGUAUGCUUUUACUUUGAAGGGUAUAUAUGUACAUCUGUGUUGUAAAUAAAUACUUUUUGUUCAAAUAACAGAA